AUGGAGGGUGUGGUGUGCCAUGGCCUAGCAGUGGGUCAGAUCACCUCACAUUACUUCCUGAUCCAGAGACCCAUGUCCUGGUCCAAAGCCCGGGAGUUCUGUCAGAGGCACUAUGUGGACCUCGCUGUCCUAAACAUGGAAGACCAAUACUUUACUCUCCUCAAUGCCACUCUUGCAAAAAAAGCCAGCUUUUGGCUCGGUCUGCAGUGGCAGAGCAUCUUCAGUGGCUGGACCUGGGUGAACGGCGAAGAGCUGAGCUACAAACAGUGGUACAGGAGAAAUUAUGAAGGUCAAUGUGCAAGUUUGGAGGCCAUGCUGGAGAAGGACAAGAAGCUGUUGGCUCGCUACUGUGAUGAGCCGCACAUGUUUGUCUGUCAGGGUCAGUAA